ACCCCGAACAAAGGGGCCGCGCCCCGGGGCUGGCGCGGAAGGGGUUCGGGGCGCUCGCUCAGCGGGACCGGGUGGUGGCGGCUGCAGCCGUAUCGGUGAUUCCUGCCCCGGUCGGGUGCCGGAGACCCUGUGCGUGUAUGUGUGCGCUGCGGUUUCUAGGAUUUUUCCAUUUGAUACCUGUGAAUUUUCUGCAAUCCAAAGAUGGCAGCAAAUAAACCUAAAGGACAGAAUUCGUUGGCUUUGCACAAAGUCAUCAUGGUGGGAAGUGGUGGUGUAGGAAAAUCUGCUUUAACACUACAAUUUAUGUAUGAUGAGUUUGUUGAAGACUAUGAGCCCACCAAAGCAGAUAGCUACAGGAAAAAGGUGGUUCUGGAUGGGGAAGAAGUCCAAAUUGAUAUACUGGAUACAGCAGGGCAGGAGGACUAUGCUGCAAUUAGAGACAACUACUUCCGAAGUGGAGAAGGUUUUCUUUGCGUCUUCUCUAUUACAGAGCUGGAAUCCUUUGCAGCGACUGCAGACUUCAGGGAGCAAAUCUUAAGAGUAAAAGAAGAUGAGAAUGUUCCCUUUUUGCUGGUUGGUAAUAAAUCAGAUUUGGAAGAUAAAAGGCAAGUUUCUGUAGAGGAAGCAAAAAACAGAGCUGAUCAGUGGAAUGUUAAUUAUGUGGAAACUUCUGCAAAAACACGAGCUAAUGUUGACAAGGUGUUUUUUGAUUUAAUGAGAGAAAUUAGAGCCAGAAAAAUGGAAGACAGCAAAGAAAAGAAUGGGAAGAAGAAAAGAAAAAGCCUAGCUAAGAGGAUCAGAGAAAGAUGUUGCAUUUUAUAAUCAAAAGUUUGGAUUCCUUUCCUACCCUGACCAUACUAAUAAAAACCAUAAUUUAUAAGCAUGCCAUUGAAGGCUGAAAUGACUGAAAUUACCCUAACAUGUUGGAAAAUGUAAUGUACCACUAAAAGCAUGAUUUGGAGCGGCACUGAAAGUCAAAUUCACUGAAAACAAAUUAUGUGGCUUCAAGAGAAGCAAAGUUCAGUCCAUUUCAUAAUUGCCUACCUUCUCACAUUUCUUCUGAAUGUAGUGUUUCAUAGGUAGUCUUUCCUUUAAUAGUGAACAAGAGGGACAAAGUAUUACUUUGUGGGUUCUUAUAAAGCAUACUUUUUUUAUCACUGCUAUUUGUCAAUUCAUCUUGUCUUUUGUUGCCUUGAAAAUUACAAUUGUGAACAUGAUACCUAACAAAGCAGUAUGCAGCUGUUUUGCCAUGGAGUUAUGCAAAUUAAAAAAGAAUAAUGUAUAUGUGAACAGCUAUGUUGAGGAAAACUACAUGUGGUUCUGCAUUACCUGAUUAACUUAGAAGAGCGAUGUAAUCUUUUACAUUGAAACAUUUGAAUAUGCCUUAAUUUUAAAACCCAAACAUAGCAGGUUGCUUAAUCAAUGGUGUAUUUUCAGCUCUGUUGCAUGGAGACUGUCCCUGUGCAUCAGUGCAAGACUGCCCUCUCUGUGGAGCGCAGUUACUCGGAUGAUUUCACUCACUAGCUGUCUGCUAGCAGUGUUUGUUCUUUAAAUGUGUGCCAUACUCUGGUAAUGUGAAUAAUACAGAGCAUAUUCUGUCAUCUGUAACUUGGUAGACAAUAUGGUAUGUUAACACUAAAAGGUCAGAAUACACAUAAGACUGAAGUCAUAAGCCUAUGGCACGUAAAAGCCUGGAAUUGUUGUUUAAAAUUUAACAUGCUGGUACCUUGAAACUUCCCUUUUGCACAUAGAUUUUUGUCUAGAUGUUCCUUGGGUUUUAACUCCCUGGAAUUGGGUGGAGUGGGGCUGAUCUAGUAGUGCUUAUAUGUUUUGAGUUAAGAUGUUGUCUGGGAAAUUCUGGUUAAUUUCUUUUAUGUUCCUAAUACUUAGCUAUUGGAACAUGGUGUGUUAUGCUGAAGCUCUUUGCAGGUUUUGUACUGUUUAGUCUAUGUUGAUUUUCAAAUGGGGAACAGUGUAGCUACUUUUUCUAGUUAAUGUUGAUAUCAAACAAUCAAAUGUGCUUUGCAAUACAGAAUCUUUUAACAUGCACAUCCAAAAUCCCCAAACAAAACAUACUGCCUCAGUUGCUUCAUAAUAAGAAGAAUACUAGCACAUGGUCAGUGUGCUACAUCUUAACUAAAAAUAUACCAGAAUGUUUGAGGGUCUUGAACUCCUCUGGGGUGAGACAGGCUAGAUCAAUUCCACAAACUGUUACACUUUUUAUACAUGUAUAAGCCUAUAACUGACAGUUUAAAAUGUGCUCAAGAAAACUAGGUAACAAAUAUUUAACUUUAAUGCUAACAGAUGUUUUAGGGACUCAAGUCUUAGGAGUUACAUGUUCAAUAUUUAUCAGUAGGAAUUUUGUAUGUGCAUUUAGUAGACUGCCAAGUGCAGAAUAAAAGUUACUCAUGUAACUGGCAAAUAUAAGCCAGUCUUCAUCUAACUGUGUACUCAUUUGGGUCUAUUUAGCCAGGGAGUCUAACCACUAGCAUUGUGACUUUGCUUUGGAACCCGUAUACUGGGAACUGAGGUGUUAUGAAGCCACUGGACACACAAAACUUGUCUUGGCUGAUGCCUUAUCCUGUCCUUUUAUUUGCUAUUUGAGCCAUUGAAAGAUGAAUAAACUUCCAUUUUUCUAAAA